ACACCCCUUCACAGCACAGGAGAACACUGAAUACCAGCUGCCUGGCAGGACAGGAUGUGAUUCUAAAACACCCCCCUGGAGGGAAUAUCCAGCCAGUUGGCCAGUGGGUGGAGGCCAAAGGCAACCUGAUCCCUGAAUCAAGAGCCCACAUGUCUCUUUGAGAGGGAGGUUUGGCACAACCGGCACCAGCAGUUCAAUGAUGCUUGUCCCUUCCCAUCAGAUAGAGACCAUCGGCGAUGCCUACAUGGUGGUGAGCGGCCUGCCGGAGAGGAAUGGCGAGAAGCAUGCUGAUGAGAUUGCCAAAAUGUCUCUGGACCUGGUGGCUGCGGUCCGACAGGUCCUGAUCCCCCACAUGCCAAGGGGCAGGCUGCAGCUGCGGGCUGGGAUCCACACAGGCCCCUGCGUGGCUGGCGUUGUUGGAUACAAAAUGCCCCGUUAUUGCCUCUUUGGGGACACGGUGAACACAGCUUCUCGCAUGGAGUCCACCAGCCUGCCUCAGAAGAUACACAUCAGCUCCGCUACCUAUCAAGCUCUGCUUAUGGACGAUGCCUAUGAAAUCGAGCUGAGAGGGGAAAUUGAAAUCAAGGGCAAAGGCAAAAUGAAAACCUACUGGCUCCUUGGGAACAAGAACUACAGCGUCCAAAAUGACAGCCUGGUCUGCCACUGGAAUCCAGCCAUCUCCAGGAAAAAGAAGAUGGAGAACAGUCCGAUGUCUGCCCAACAAUCGAGUACAGGUUCCGUGGGCGCAAUGCUGAGCGAGAGAAGCACCUUAGGAUCUCAGGAUGGGACGGGAUCAGCCGGCCACACCAGAGUAAACUCUGACCUGGCUUGGACAGCUGGGAGUUCUAUCAGCGACGCAGGCCGGGAGCCGAAGAACGGGUCCCAUCACAGCUACCCGCAGAGCCUCAAGAAUAACACGGUUCCACUGGGCUCUCCAGUGUCUGGGCAAGGGGACAACGGUGCCAGUCUGGACCAAGGGGAGUAUCUCGGAGACGAUGGGAGUGGAUUGCUGGAAGAAAAUGGGUUUCUCCCAGGGUUUGUGGAUGGGAUGUGACAGGAUGGGAUGCGACCCAUGAUGAGGGAAUGGACUUUCCCCGGGUACCAUCAGUUGCUAUUAAAGUGCCGCAUCUUUUGUAUUUAGCAAUCAUUCUGGCUUCCGAUUAACAGGGGAAGCCAGCCAGCGUUAGGAUCUAAAACUGGAGUAGAAAUAGGGGGAAUGUGUUUUUUUCUCGAACCCAGGAGACAUUGUGAUGCUACAGCUGGGACCCCCCCACCAACCGGGGUGAGAGAGAAAUCAGGUCAGAUUCUGCUCUGUUACUCCAGAUUUACACCAGUGUAACUCCUUUCACUUCAGUCAUAUUAUUCUGGUGUUACUGCAGUGUAACAAAGCAGAAUAUAUUCCUAGGAGUCGAGAAACUUGGCUAACAGAAUAGGGAGCCAACGGCCUAUGGAGAAGAGGGUGCAUGUAACGUCAGCAUGUGUCAGGGAAUAUGGAAAUACACCUCUUUAAUUCCAGUGUCUUUCUGGGCCAGGUCUAUGUGAGACGAACGGUGCGUGAAGGGUGCUUAACUCUCCUUUUCUCUAACUCCCUGCAGCAGUCCCUCUUCCCAGCUCACACCCAGAGCAGAGGAAAUACCCACCCCACCUGGCCUCUCCCAAAUCUCUGUCUAGACCUUGGGGGAGUCUGUUUAUAACGGAGCAGCGAGAGGUGGCUGCAGCUCAGUUAACAAUGCGCGGGGAGGCCAGGGCCCUCUGUUGAGAGUUUAGCUUGUUUUUUUCCUCCCUUGGAUUUACGCACCACAUUACCUAUCACAAUGAACAGGAGCUGAGGCAACUACGGCAGAAAAGGGAAUCAGCAGUCCAGGGCUCACUGCAGGGAGGAAGGACAGGAAGUCAAGGCCCCAGGGUGGUCUCAGGCGCAGAUUAUUUGGGUGGCAGGCACGAUUGGGAAGCUGCAUCCUGUCUUCAUUUCUCUAUUGUCAGAAUAUACGUUAUUUCAUGCACCUCCGAUCCAUUUGGUCUGUGUUGUCUUCUGCCAGGCCAUCCCAGUUCCCUGGCUACUAAUGGGGACUGUGAAACAUCAAAGGGAUGCUGCUGAGGUUCUCUCUUCACAGGCUGAAAGCCUGCAUCAGUCCCAUCAAUCAACCCGACAAGGUCACUGCAGGGAGCACGUGUGUGUCAAGCUACGGAAAGUCUCCUAAAUCGCUGAGUGAGGUGCUGUGGUACAUGGGUGCACUGCAUGGAGACUGCAAGGACGGAAUCCUUCCACCAGGCUUCAGCCAGCGCUCAGCAGAUGUGGUGCGGGUUAAGCAGGAGAGGGGGAACGCAGCAGACGCUGCUGAAAAGGCACCACUUUCGAGCCGGAGCAAGCAAAUGCCACAGGUGCAAAAGAAGCAGCCAUAAAAGGAGAGGGAGAGAGGCAGCUGGUUAUGCAGGGCGGCAGGAGCUGGAGGAGCACUUUGCUGUCUGUGAUUGUUAUGAAAAUCCUGGGUCGAGAUCAGAAACAAGUUAUUUGCAUGGGAAAGGAGCCUGUUCAGAUCCUCCCCGGCUUCGGUGAGGAAAAUUGCAGAAAAUGGCCCCGUCUCCAUGAUGAAAGGCAGCAAUUAGUGUCAUUAGUGCAACCGGCUUUGGUCCAGCUCUGAACCAGCCCAGCCAGGGUCUGCUUCUGCCACAGACAGGAAGGACCAGUGUGGAUCCUCUUUCUAUGCACUGGGUCUGUGCGGCUCCACAAUUAGCGGCAUGGUGGAAGGGUAGCUGGGCUCCAGGUGGUUUUCGGGGGGGCCUGUGCUUGAAACGCAGCAAGGCCGGCGCUAGGUGAGGCUUGGGGCUGUGUUCCAGCGGGUUGGGUCCUCUGCUGAGACUGACUCUUAGUAGGGCAGGCCCUUGUCUGGGCAAGCCGGGGCAUGAGCUUGAUUGGAAUGACAUCUUUUGCCUGCAUUAUGCCUCGGCAGUAGCUGGACCCAUGACUGUGCCAUGGCUGCCUGGGCUGGAACAAAAUCUGUGCUUGGAAUUAGAGACACGGAGGGGUGAGAGGCACAGACAGACCGCUCCCCUUGUCUCUGAGCAUGUCUGCCUCCUGGAUGGAUGCCGAGUUUUAGGUAAGGCCCCGGACAGUGACAAACAUUGUUUGGAACUGGGCUCUAAAUUUCUGUGGCUGCAAUCAGCACUGUAAAUCCAAAGGUGAACGCAAGGCUCCUGCUGUCUCCUACAAGAGGGGCAUUAAAUAAAAUCUUGACGAUUUUCUAUCUUUCAUAACACGGCAUGCUGGGGUCUCAGGACUCUGGUUUUCCAGCAGUGGGAGAUCUUGCAUCAGCUGGUGUGGCUGUGCCAUUAAAUCAGAGGGGGGACGCAUUUGAUUUCAAAAGAUGGACCUCGGUUAUUCAUGGUGGGGAACCCGCUAUGCAUUUGCACAAACACAAAUGUCCAUUCACGUGCAUUUGCAUUCUCCUGUCUUCUGAGAGGCACACUAAUGUCAAAUGGCACUCGGAUUCAUAUCAGUCUUUAUGGUCACACAAAGUAGACUUGCUAAUAAAGCUUAGCACUUCUCAGACUUCUCUGCCUACAUAACUAAUUAAUCCCCACAACCUACCUCUGAGUUAGGGAGGACUCUGUUCCCAUUUUGCAGGGAGAAGCUUUUUGUUGUUCGCUUGUACCAUGCAAAGCACACUGAGGGCCCUGAUCGAGGUCCCUAGGCAAUACAAAUAAUUAAUACUACUACUACUGAUGGGGAAAACAGAGGCAGAGAAAGGUUAAGUGAUUUGCCCAGGUCUACACAGUAAACCAAUGUCAGAGCUGGGAUUAGAAAUUGGGAGCUCCUCCCCCCUAGCCCUAAGAUCAGACCACUUGCCCUCACCCCUCUCUUUAACAGGAUAGUGAGUAGGAAAACAGCAGAGCUUUAAACUCCAUGAGAAUCGUGUCUCCUUAACUGGGUUUUGCUUAGCCAGCCAUGGUAGAACAUGUAAAAAAAAAAAAAAACCAAUGGAUCUGGGAUCUCUCUUCUGCAACCUCCAUAGGAUGGGGAUAUGUGGCUAGGAUGAGUCUAAUUGGUUAUUGGAUUUCAAGCCAGACAGACAUCUGGAAGAGCAUUUACCACCUGACCAACUAAGUCAAUCUUGACAACAUAGGAGAGUUACCAUGUGAUGUUUAACUCUGGCGUUGUGUGUUUAAGGAACAUGGGUGUGCUUGUCUAAGCACAGCCUCCUCCAUCCCUUCAACCUACUUCUACAUGGCCUGUCAGCCCAGAGAUUCACAUCUCAGCUCCUUGAGGCCAGGCUAGCCAGCGCUGCCCGUCCCCACACUGCUGCUGUCGCUGAAAACUCUGGAAGGCAGGACCCAGAGCGGACACCGUCCUGGCUGGAGGGGAACACUGCGACCCUCUCAACACAGCAGCACGUGGAACCUCUGCAUGCGCUCCGGGGCUCCAGCCUUUUAGCCAGCUUGUUCCGAUGCUAAUUCUCAUGUGCCAGCAGGUUCCUAACAGGUGUGGGGGGGCUCAUGCAGCUGUGUCACAGAGUGCCCAGGAGAUGUCACUAAAGGCUUGGCUGAGGUGCCCCAGCCCUGUUUGUGUGAGCAGCGCUAAUCAUCCAGCAAAGCAGGGGAGGUGGCCCAGUGAGGGUGAUUUCAGUGCACUUUGUUGUCAGCCACAUGGGAACCUUCUCCUGUUGCCAGCUGCUGAAAGUAAAAGGGGAAGAGGGGGGCUGCCUUAGAGCAUGAAUCCCUUUAGCAAGGAGGAGAGACCAAAAUUCUCUGCUCCCACAUUCAACUCCAUGCGUUCAAAUCCCAGGAGUCAAGCCCCAGAAAAUCAUGACUGGUUUAAAAAAAAUAAUAUUUUUUAAAUUAAUACAUUUUAGGGUUCCUUUUAUUUGCCCUCUGGUGUUCCAGCAUUCAGGGGUCGAGUUUUCUCUACAAGCA